AUGGCUUACAGGCGAUUGGCUGCAAAAACGGAGUGCACGAAGCGUACCAGCAAUGUGAAGUUCUUCAGCGUGUACAUUGACUGCAAUCCGGAUAGUGAAUCAACGCUGUGGAGUUGUGAUGCUGUCGUCGAGUUCCGCUUAAUCUCGCAGAAACCUGACGUUGCUGAUUUUUGCCGUCAGUUUACGAAUAAAUUCAAUUAUAAUUCGAACAAUUGGGGAUUUCCGUCGUUUAUGGAGUGGAGCGAAAUAUUGAACGUUGACAAAGGAUAUAUUCGCGGCGAUCGUGUUGUGCUUGAAGCACACAUCACUGUACAAAAAGUUGUCGGCGUUAGGAAAAAUCCGACGUUCAAUUUUACCGUGCCGCAAGCCUACACUUCUGAUGGCGUGCUUAUCAUUGAUGGCGUACGUUUGCAUGUCAGCAAAGCGUAUCUGGCACUGUAUUCACCAGUAUUCCACGCCAUGUUUUUUUCAAAGUUCAGAGAACGCGACAAGAAGGAAAUUACGGUCGAGGAUGUGAUCCUUGAUGAAUUCUUGGAGCUGCUAAACGUUGUGUACCCAUCGCACAAGCCGCUUUUCAUUACUGAAAUGAUUUUGUUUGUAUUUUCAGCUGAAAAUGUGGAAUUUUUGUUGGAGCUCGGAGAUAAGUUCCAGAUUCAAUUUGUAAUCGAUCAGUGCGAACAGUUCCUUAUGCGUUCGGAUGAUAUCGCUAUUGUGACGAAGCUCGUCUGGGCCGAUCAGUACUGUCUCGCCAAAUUACAG